CACCUGCGCUCUGAUACGAAUGUAUUUAAACAGUUCCUAUCCACCCGACGCUAAACGUAAUUUUCUUCCUAUUUUUUUUUUAGAAAUGUCGCGUCUUAAUUAGCUUAGUUGAAUGGAAGUGUGCCCGCCGUUCAUUACGCUCCUUUAAUUAAAUAGCAGUGCAACAUGUGAUUAAAAUUUUGGCGAUGCAAUGUUUUGUUUUCGUUUCGGCGGUUUUGAUGGGUUGAUUUUCUGCGUUUCGGGCAGUAGACGAUGGUGAUGGUUCGGUCGAUGUGCUGAGUGUGUCGAGGUGCGGAUGAUGAAGCUCGAAGAUGUGGUCCUCGGAUGAAGACAGUCAGCUGCGCCAGCAGCAGCAGCAAACCCGUCGGGCCGGAAGGACCUUCGAGGCGGAACUGCAACUGAGGUACCUAUCGCCGGGUGCAUUUACGAUAUUGCCACCCGAUGUGCAGGGUGCGCCGCCGGAUUCUCCUCCGGCAAUCAAUAAUUAUAGGCUAACGCCCACAGCACGUCGCCAUCGAAAUGCGGCAUUUUCCAUCAUAGCCGAAUCGUGUAGCAAUCCAGGAUCGCGCAGCCCCUCUCCAACGGGAAGAGUCAGUCCUUUCCGUGGUCGCGGUUUUAAUCCAAUAGGUUCACGACAUGCGUCGCCAGCACCAUCUCCUCGGCACGAUGACAGCAGAGGGCCUUCCUUUCACCACCAGCAAAGGGAGGAGACGUCGUGCGGCAAACAACGGUCGAAAAUACCAACGCUGUCGCGCCGUGGAAGCAACGCGGACCUUUAUCUGGAGAAGCCGGUUGCUGGACUGCCGCCGAGAGCUCUCAGAUCUAGAACGAAUCUCACGCGAGAGUACAGCAAGAGCAUGACGAACGUCUCGCCGAAGCAGCUAAGCCAGAAGACCCUGCACGCUCCGAAUAAACACGCGAAACCCCCGGCCUUUCAGAAGUUGUCACCGAUCGUCGGCAGCUCGCCGGAGCGAACCCCAGAAUCCGGAAGGUUGAGACCUUCUCCGUCGAAGAUACCCCGAAGCAGAAGCCAGCCUCCCGCUUCUCGCGCCUCGGGAACGACCAGCGAAACCGGUUCCAAAUCCAGUUCGAGAAACGCGAGUAGAGACCAAAGUCCGCUCAAAAUUCCUAACAAGAACAAUUACAAAAAUGUCAAAGCGAAAGUGAAUAGUUUUAAUUCGAUUAAACCGAAAGUGCCUAUCAAACCACAAGUGCCUAUGCCAAAACUAGAACGAAAAAACAGCAAAGUUAGUGUUACGCAAUCGAGUAGUGCCUCAAACAGUCCCGCAAAGGGCCGGACGAAAGUUAGUGCAAAAAGUGAGCCCUCCCGAAUUGAGCUGGACGAUAUUGAAAACGACGCCGUAUCGUCCAAAGCGUCCAGCCCCCAGAAGGCGGCGGAUACGUUUACAGCAUCCUCGACCGUCGUGUCCAGCACGACCACAACUGCGACGAAACCUCUCAAAAUCGACCUGGGCGACAACGACAAGGACUAUCUUCCCGACGUGCGAGCCUUGAGCGCGACGAGCGUUUCGACCGCCCUCAAUCGCAUGAACGACACCGUCUUGGACACAAGGACCCUGAUGAAGGACACGAACAUGUCAUCCCGAAUUCCGCCGACCGUCGUGUCGGCCGAAAAUUCGCCGGCCACCGAGGCGACCCCCGCGUUGGGGAUGAACAACAACGUCGAGGAGGUGAACGCGAAGAGCGGCACGAACGGAAGAACGCACUCGCCGCGGCACAGCGUCGUGGGGCUAGACGUGCUGCCGAAAAGCGCGAACGAAAGGAUUCGGGAGGCGAGGACCGUCGUCGCAACCGACGUGCAACCCAUACGGAUUAUGGUCAAGGAGAAGCCCUCGAAUCCGGAGGUGCAGAGCGGAAACGUGAGGCUCGCUGUUAGCGCUACGAACGGGAUCAGCGAGCGGCCAGGGUAA